AUGGCCAUGCGUCAAGCAUUUCUCCCAGCGGCAGCGACACGCUCGCUGUCCAGCUCGAUUCGCGCACGAAACAUGGUCAAGAUCGCAUGCUACAGCACCAACCCGCCAGACCACGCCGAAGACCCGUCGCCAAAGUCUCAAAGCAUUACUGGAGGCAAGCAUCGCCGUCACGUCGCUAGGGGCGUCAACCUUACGUCCGCUGCAUCCCAGCCAGAGGUCUCCCAGGUCCACUUCGAAGUCGUCUCGAAGCCCGGGUUCCACGGCCAGACCGAAGUCGAACUGAAUCUGCAUGGCAUCCUGGAUCGUCUGCGCUCCGUUCUGGGAGACAUUCCCUACGGCCGUACGGAGAGCACCCUCAGCCGCACGCCCUUGCGAGUGUUGCCUGCUCUGAAUCCCAAAGUCCGAGGCAGCACGAUUACGUUCAAAGUGUUCAAUGGAAGUCAAGAGCAGCACGAGAAGGUCGUCGCGGAGUUGGAAGCAUUACCUGGAAUUGAGUCCGCGCGGUUCGCUGGAGCUUCACGAUGA